GUGGUGGUGGUGUGGUGUGGUGCGUGGUGCGCGGGCGCGAGGCCCGGCGUGUCUCCUCAUGUAGACGUAGCCCAGUCGUGACCAGGGCUCGCCCGGGACCAGGACGUGGCCGUGUGACAGUGUCAGUGACAGUGACAGUGAUGUACCAUGGCCACCCCACCAGACAGCCCCAUAGAGGAGAACAACUAUGAGUUGGAGCCUAGUCGUCUGCCCAAGCAUCGACCGGUCGCUCUUGAGGACCUGUGUAGGCAGACCAAGUUUACCCGCCAGGAGAUACGAGUCAUGUAUAGAGGAUUCAAACAGGAAUGCCCAGAAGGAGUUGUGUGUGAGGACGCCUUCAAGGAUAUAUAUGCCAAGUUCUUUCCCCAUGGAAACGCCACCAUGUACGCCCAUUUUGUGUUCAAAGCGUUCGACGUUAACUGCAAUGGAGCCAUUAGCUUCAGGGACCUGCUAGUAACGUUGUCGACACUGUUAAGAGGCUCCAUCUACGAAAAACUGAGGUGGACGUUUAAAUUAUACGACAUAAACGGUGAUGGCUGUAUAACACGGUCUGAACUAGGAGAAAUCGUACUGGCCAUCCACGAACUCAUGGGGCGUCGCUCACAUCAGGUUGAGGAGGACCGGAAGGCGAGAGAGCAAGUGGACUUUGUAUUUAGAAAAUUAGAUAUAAAUCAAGAUGGCGUUAUAACAUUAGAAGAAUUUAUAGAAUCCUGUCUAAAGGACGAUGUGAUCACGAGGUCGUUGCGAGUUUUCGACUCCGGGCUAUGAUCUUCAGAGUCAGUGGAGGAGGAGAGUCCCAGAGUGACAUCGCAGCGUAGGUCCUCCUCUGCUCAGCCCGCGUCGAGGCGCCGCUCCUCCCCCUCCCCCGCCCACCAACAGUCCCGCCGCCGCUCUUCUGUGCGGGUCCGCUGGGAGCCUAACCAUUGACUGUGUGGCCUGAAAUGUAGGGUACCUAUUCAAUAAACGGACGAUGGUGUAAUGUUUGAUGAACGAGGCAAGCAGCUGGUUUUACAGUGUACACAAUUUCUUGGUGCAAGUCAUGAAAUGGAUGUUGAAUUUGAAAAAUUUGUAGUCUUCCAUUCCCAAUUAGUUGAAUCAAGGCAGACAACCACUUUCUAACUUGUUUAAAAGUUAAAUCCGAUAAAAAAUUCCCUGAAAAUGUAUUUGCUUUGUUUUAAAAUAAGUCGGAUAUUCUCGAAGCUACAAUCACAUCCCUCGAGGUCUUCAACUGUAACUGAAAUAUUCCUAUGAAAUAAAUUACACAAAUCGGCAAACUCGUUAACACAAGUAUCUAGAUAUCCAACUUAACAUACAUAAAUGUCAACUGUGAUAAAAACAUAGGUACUGAAUGAAAAUUAUCUUUUUUUAGCGAGUUUCCCAUAUUGGGAAAAAGCUAUUACCGUAGUACUCAUAUGGUAAGACUUGGGCCCGGGACCGAUUUACAUUUUUGUGUUGAGGUCCUCAGAGGAAAAAACACCAUCCGUUCAAAUUCAUAUAUAUAUAUAUGGCCGUUAGCACGAUAACUCAAUCAAAAAUGAUCCUAUUUUAAUGAAAUUUGGUAUAAAUAUGUAAACCUACAUUUAUUCUAACAAGUUUGCAAACCAGCAUGAUCGAGCCAGUUUAUGGGGGGUUUUCUGGGGUAAAAAUUAGUUUUUCUCAUUUUUGACCCUAAAAACAUACAAUUUUGCAAUUUAUUUCCAAACCAUUUCGUAGAGCUUAAAAAACAUUUAGUAUAUUGGAGCUUCGUUAUGCGCCUAAUAGUUACGGAUAAAAUUAGAAAAAAAAUUAAAUUUAAAAUUCCCACGUUAUUCUUAUCGAGAAUAAGUAAUGUGUUGUAUUUUGCUUGUUUAUGAACAUAUUUGAUCAAAAUUUGGAAAAUAAAUUAAUUUUAUACUAAUAAACUGUUAACAUUUCACAAAAAAAAACUCCCUGUUGCAGCAAAUCUAAGUACUCGUUAAACCUGCUAUUUAAAUGGGGAAUAAAUGUGAUAUUUUAAAGGAGAUAUUUUAGAGAAAAUUCAAUCAGGCAAAUGGAAAUUUGCUUAGUCUGCAGGUUUGCUGCGGCGGGGGUUUUAUAUAAGUAUAACUAUUAAACUUCCAUCCCACAAAAAUCUCUGAUAUCACUUUAAUUUUGAAACUCUAACGCCCUCAGCUCUCAUAAAAGUAACAACCAUGAUUAUGAACAUAUAUAUUGAAAUAACAAGGUGCCAGCUACGAAAAAUAUUGUGUAUAGAUUUAUAUCUGUCAAUUAUAGCCUACAUUAGUAAUUAAAAAAAAAUAGAAAUUUGUAUUUUCCAUUAAUAAAACAAUCUAUAAUUUGAUAAUGCUAAAUAUGCUAAAUCAAAACUGUAUUUAACAAUAUUCCAAGGAACUAAGGUGAUUUCUUAGUUAUUUGAAGCUGUGAAUAAUAUAAAUAAUAAACUUUCAAUAUUAAAGAACACAAGUCACAUGAAACACCUCACCAAAGAGUACAGUUGUGGUUUUCAUACUAAUUUCAGAUAUUUCAAAAGAAGUGUUGUUAUUUACUAAACCAGAUUGUUUUCUCAAGUUGAACAUUUUUAUUGUUAAUGUUUGAAACUUGCGAUAUCAAAAUCUUGUUUUAGAUCUCUAUCUUCAUGAUUCCAAUCGAGUUUUUAUAGAUAUGGCUGGGCUGUUGUCUUUGCAAAUGUUACCCCUUUCCCUCUUACCAGUAUUUUUCUCAUAUUCUUUUUUGGAAAAACUGUACAUUGUAAUUAUAAU